AUGACCAACGGCUGCAUCAACAGGAUGAGCAGGGACGAGCUCAGGAGCAAGCUGGCCGAGUUCAAGCUCGACACCAGAGGAGUGAAAGAUGUCCUGAAAAAGAGGCUGAAGAACUACUAUAAGAAACAGAAGCUGAUGCAGAAGGAGCCCCCGGAUGGAGGCAGCUGCUACGACUACAUCUGUGUCGUUGACUUCGAAGCAACGUGCGAGGAAGGAAACCCGCCUGAGUUCGUGCAUGAAAUCAUCGAGUUUCCUGUUGUCCUGUUAAACACACGCACCCUGGAAAUAGAGGAUGCCUUCCAGCAGUACGUGAAGCCAGAGAUUAAUCCCAAGCUUUCGGCCUUCUGCAUCAGUCUCACGGGAAUCACGCAGGACAUUGUCGAUAAGGCCGACACGUUCCCUCAAGUCCUGCAGAACGUCGUGGAGUGGAUGCGGCAGUGGGAGCUGGGCACGAAGUACAGCUACUCCCUGCUGACCGACGGAUCUUGGGACAUGAGUAAAUUUUUGAAUAUCCAGUGCCGUAUUAGUCGUAUCAAGUAUCCAUCUUUUGCCAAAAGGUGGAUCAACAUUCGCAAAUCGUACGGGAACUUCUACAAGGUGCCGCGGAGCCAGACGAAGCUGACGAUGAUGCUGGAGCAGCUGGGCAUGUGCUACGCCGGGCGGCCCCACAGCGGCCUGGACGACGCGUGCAACAUCGCGGCCAUCGCGGUGCGCCGAGUCCGUGAUGGAUGUGAACUCUGUGGGAUGAGGGACUUGGUGGCCACCGUGGUCAGCUCUGAGGGCCACUGCACCGCUAAGCGCACAGGCCUCAAUGGCAGUUUUUGCUCGCGGCAAAGGCGUCCCUCGGAGACGGAGGGAGUCGGGCGGUGCCGAUGGGCACGCGGGCCCAGAAGGGAUGAGCCGGCAGGAUCGGCGCUGCUCUGCGCCCGGGCACGGAGCAGCCCGCGGAGAGGGCGGUUUCUGCCGGGGACGGUGACGUGUGCGGACGGAGACGGGCCGCCCUCCUGCACGUGGCUGCAGGCAGGACGCAGGCCGUGA